CCAGGAGCCAAGGAAGGAGGAAGGGAGCCAGAGAGAGAGAGAGAGAGCGAGCCAGAGAGAGCGGGAGGCCCGUGGCGUGGCGUGGCGUGGCGUGGGCAGGAUGUGCGACAAGCCGGACCUCUCGGAGGUGGAGAAGUUCGACAAGAAGAAGCUGAAGAAGACCAACACCGAAGAGAAGAACACGCUGCCCUCCAAGGAGACCAUCGAACAGGAGAAACAGUCGGCCAAGUCCUCCUAGAGAGAUGGAGCCUCCUCCCGGCAGAGUUCUCCUCUCCUUCCCCUUUUUUCUUCCUUUCUUGACCAAUUAACCCCCCCUUUUUUUUAAAUGCCAUGUUCCUUUGCAAAUGGAGAAAUGCUGCCACCUGAAGACCCCCAGGAAAAGGGAAAGGGCGGCGGAGGCAGCCUUUGUUCUCUCCCAACGCUGUUCCCUUCCUUCCUUCCUUCCUAAAUGGAGCAAUGCCAUCCCUGGGGGUCUGCUGAGCUUCUUGGCUCAUCAUGGCUUCUGCACCUUUGCUUGGUUUGUUUUCUUUAAAAUGGAACAGAGAAAAGACGUCUAUUAAAAAACAGAUAUGCAAAGCAA